ACAUCUGCUUGAUAAAGAUGCAGGGGUCUCGGUGAAGGUUUACUGGGCUGAGGGAGGGAAAUGCUUCGGUAGCGCAGAACGGUGGGGUGGGGAGGGUAUUAACGGCUCGCGAGUGGGAGGGGAGCUGUGGGCGAGUCGUGGCUCCCUGACGAAGCGAGAGGGGAAUUAUCCUGGUAACUCGGGGGGUCCCGGUGAGGGUUCCGUGCCGGGUCACGGCGCUGGUGCCGUUAACAGCUCUCCGGUGGGGAAUCUCCGUCCUGGGCAAUGAGGGGUUGUUGGGGGUGCCCCGGUGUUGACUGAGAGGUGCGGGGCUGCAGGCACGUGAUGCUGCCCAAGGACAUCGCCAAGCUGGUGCCCAAGACCCACCUGCUGUCGGAGUCGGAGUGGCGGAACCUGGGGGUGCAGCAGAGCCAGGGCUGGGUUCACUACAUGAUCCACGAGCCAGGUGAGCCCCGCGGGGGAGCGGGUGGCGCCCAGGCGGCCCGGCCUGACCCCCUCUUUUGCCCCGCAGAGCCCCACAUCCUGCUCUUCCGACGGCCGUUGCCGAAGAAGCCAGAAAAGUGAGUGGCCCCUGGUCUGCCGAAACUCUCAGUCCUUCCACCCUGAGAAAACACCUUCCUUCUCCUCGGCAUUUCUCGGGGGCUUCACCCUCUGACCCUCGACGCUGCUUGGGCGUCGUUUUGUCGGCUCGGUCCUGGUUCCGGCGGCUCUUCCCGUUGCGAUGCCUCCAAAGCUUCAAUAAAGUGAUGUUUGGGA